AUGAUUGGAAAUAAUCCGGAAAUUCUCUAUGAUAUUAUUAAUUGGAUUACGUUCUAUGCUUCAUUCUUAACUAUUAUCAUCGGAACACUCGGCGGUCUUUGCAAUUUGCUGACAUUUACUUCGAAACAGUUACGUUAUAACCCCUGUGCAUUCUAUUUUCUAUGUUCGACUGUGUUCGAUAUGAUGUAUGUUUUAUUUGGUGGAACAGUACGUAUCAUGCAGGAUCACUAUACAAACAGAUUACCGACUGAGUCGAAUGUUUUUUGUAAAUGUCGAAUCUAUUUAGUUGUCGCUCUGCCGACUCUAUCAACUUCUUUUCUAAUGGUCGCAUCAAUAGAUCGAUGUUUAUCGACGUCUAAUUCGUCCGAAUGGCGCCAGUUGAGUAAAAUGCACAUUGCUUGGCGUGUAGCAAUUGUAACGUUUUUACUUGCUCUACUUUCCACUGCGCACAUCCUCAUCCUCUACGAAUUACAUUCGAAAGAGACGGAUCAUAUGAUAUAUCAAUGUUUGCCUCGGGAAGGUUUUUAUACAAAAUUUAUGACGCUAUACAGUUUAUCAAUCAGUCCAUUUCUCAUAUACGGAAUCAUGUUUAGUUGCACGUUGAUCACUUUAAGACGCGUUCGAACACUGGGAUAUCGAAUGAAGAUGUUAUGCAGUAAGAGAAAUUCGCGCAUAUCUCGUGUAGUCGAUCACCAUUUGAUAACGAUUCUGGUUGUACAAGUUGGAUUAGGAAUGUUACUGACAUGCUUUCGUUGCGGAUUUUUAAUUUACUAUUUAUGGACAUCUAAUCAACACAGACAUAGUUCAAGGCACGCAUUUGAAGUGUUUUUGGACAAACUGACGCUUGUUGUUUAUUAUCUAAACUUUGCCAAGUCGUUUCCAGUGAAUAUGCUGACCAGUCUACUUUUCCGACGAGUUUUCUGUCAACGAAUCCACUAUUUACUGACGUCUAGUUGCCGUUUGAAGAUAAGUAUGUUGAAACUAGUUAGUUUCGCUUGA